UGGCACGUGUUACCCGGCGCCGGCUUUGACGUCAUUUAAAGAGCGAAGUGUUUCCUCACCGGUCGGAAGUCCUCGUCCCAACGUAACAAAAAAAUCUCCAAAUUCACCCAUUUACUACACAUUCCUGAUUUUUUUUUAUAACCACCGAUUAAAAGAAAUCACAAUGGCUGCUCCGGCUGUGGGUAUCGAUCUUGGCACCACCUACUCCUGCGUGGGCGUUUUCCAGCACGGCAAAGUGGAGAUCAUUGCCAACGACCAAGGCAACCGAACAACGCCCAGUUAUGUAGCCUUCACCGACACGGAGCGUCUCAUCGGAGACGCAGCCAAGAACCAGGUGGCCAUGAACCCCAGCAACACGGUGUUCGAUGCCAAGCGUCUGAUUGGUCGUAAGUUUACUGACUCCACAGUGCAGUCGGACAUGAAGCACUGGUCCUUCGAAGUCGUCGAUGACGGAAGCAAGCCCAAGAUUCAGGUGGAGUACAAGGGGGAGAGCAAGACGUUUUACCCCGAGGAGAUCAGCUCCAUGGUGCUAGUCAAGAUGAAACAGACCGCUGAGGCAUACCUUGGCAAGACUGUCACAAACGCCGUGAUCACCGUACCGGCCUACUUCAACGACUCCCAGCGCCAAGCCACCAAAGAUGCUGGCGCCAUCUCAGGACUCAACGUCCUGCGUAUCAUCAACGAGCCCACUGCAGCUGCCAUCGCUUACGGUCUGGAUAAGAAGGUUGGCAAAGAGCGCACCGUCCUGAUCUUUGACUUGGGUGGCGGCACCUUUGAUGUGUCCGUGCUCACCAUCGAAGAUGGCAUCUUUGAGGUCAAGUCGACGCGCGGAGACACUCACUUGGGCGGGGAGGACUUCGACAACCGACUGGUGAACCACUUCAUUGAGCAGUUCCAGCGCAAACACAAGAAGAACCUGCAAAGCAACAAGCGAGCUCUGAGGCGGUUACGCACAGCCUGUGAGCGUGCCAAGAGAACGCUGUCAUCCAGCACACAGGCCAGCAUUGAAAUUGAUUCACUCUUUGAGGGAAUUGACUUCUACACCUCCAUCACGAGAGCCCGUUUUGAGGAGCUGAACGCAGAUCUGUUCCGAAGCACCAUCGAGCCCGUAAGCAAGGCUAUCACCGACGCCAAGAUCGAGAAGAAUCAGGUGGAUGAAGUAGUCCUGGUGGGCGGCUCCACCCGUAUCCCCAAGAUCCAGAGAAUCCUGGAGGACUACUUUGAACGGAAGGAUCUGAACAAGAGCAUCAACCCCGAUGAGGCUGUGGCUUAUGGAGCAGCUGUACAGGCAGCCAUCUUACACGGAGACAAGUCGGAAGAGGUUCAGGACCUGCUCCUGCUGGACGUAGCCCCCCUGUCCCUGGGUCUGGAGACCGCCGGCGGUGUCAUGACGUCCCUGAUCAAGAGGAACAGCACCAUCCCGACCAAGAACAGUCAAAAGUUCACUACAUACUCCGACAACCAGACCAGUGUACUCAUCCAGGUCUACGAGGGUGAACGUGCCAUGACCAAAGAAAAUAAUCUUCUGGGCAAGUUUGAGCUGUCCUCAAUUCCGCCCGCACCCCGGGGGGUCCCCCAGAUCGAUGUGACCUUUGACAUCGACGCCAACGGCAUCUUGAAUGUGUCCGCCCAGGAUACAAGCACCGGCAGAGAGAACAAGAUUACGAUCACCAACGACAAAGGUCGCCUGUCCAAGGAGGAGAUUGAGAAGAUGGUUUCCGACGCCGAGAAGUACAAGGCGGAAGACGACGCCCAGCGCGACCGCAUCGCCGCCAAGAACGGCCUGGAAGGCUACGCCUACAACAUGAAGUCCACUGUGGAAGACGAGAAACUCAAAGACAAGAUCAGCGCGGAGGAUAAACAGACCAUCCUGGAUAAAUGCAAAGAGGUCCUGGACUGGCUGGACCACAACCAGACGGCAGAAAAGGAUGAGUUUGAGGAUCGUCAGAAGGAACUGGAGGGGGUCUGCAAUCCCAUCGUCACCAAGCUGUACCAAGCUGCAGGCGGUGCCCCAGGGGGUAUGCCUGGCGGUAUGCCAGGGGGUAUGCCCGGCGGUAUGCCCGGCGGUAUGCCAGGAGCUGGAGCAGCACCAGAUGCCGGUGCAAGCAGCGGAGGACCAACCAUCGAAGAGGUCGACUAAAUUCCUUCCUACGAUACUACGACCACACUACACUGAACCUCCGUGGACAAGAAAAUGAGGCAUGCAACUGUACACACUUUAAGACGUAGAAGCCUAUAACUCGGGGGAAAGCGUGUUAAUGAAAUCUGGACCUCAACUUCAGCUUCAACUUCAUGAUUUUAGACUCAGAAUGCUGUCCCUCAGGGCUGUUGUCAUUGGGUUUGAACAUAUGGCAAGAUUCUGUCUGGGAUAGAGUCGAAGCUGAAAUGAAACCUGUGUUUCAUUACAACCCCUCAGAAUUAGGGAUGGAUUUUGUCUUACUAUAUUCCAAACUUGCAGACAAAAAGAUCACACUGCUGUAGAAAUUGCAAGUGUAUUUAUUUAAAAGUUAUUAAACUAUUCACGUAAUACGCCUCAAAAAAAAAAUUAAAGGCGACAAUAGUUUUAAUAUUUGUAAACCGAAGCCAAAUUUCAAUAAUCAGCAUAAAUUACUAAUCAGCAUAAAUACAUCAGCAAUUUCUAGAAGUUUUGGGGUAGUAAGAGGGUUUUUAAGGGUGGGGGGGGGGGGGGGGGGGUUGAAACGUAUGGACACAAAGUGAAGUGGUCACAUAUCACUAAACUAACCUUUAGUAUUGGGCUCAAGACUCCUGGAAUUUGGAUAAAUUACACGAAUCCCAUAAUUAUUUGUAUGUUAUUAAACCAUAAGUAGAAUUAAAAUAAAUGUUAUUUUUGUAUCCAGGAAUGGUGUAAGUUUCCCAGGACCAAUAGAAUUGCACUUCUAUCGGGCAUAAUAAUUAUAUAGGCCCUGAUGAAGGUUAAUUUUCUGUGUGAGGAAAACAAGUCUUGGAUUUUGACUGGAAAUGCUCCUGGCUGACUCGUAACCACAUUUGUACUACAGGGUGAAAGCCAAGGUUCAGUAUUUAAGCUCGUUCCAAAUAGCUGUUUAUGUAUAUUGCUUCGCUAUAAAAGGAAAAAUAAUAGCCACAGAAUGUCACAUAACAAUCCUGUUUGCACUAGCAAUGUGCAAAUGAAAGUGAAAAUGUUCAUUGUCGCUGUACAGACUACAUAAACAAAGGCAGCCAUGUUGGAUAAUACUGAGCAAAUUCAGCUGGGACUGGCAACAACAACAGAACAAGUUUGGGGGCAUUUGGCCAGUGCGUGUAACUGGUUUUUCCUAGGCAAAAGUGUUCUUAACUCGGGACUCGGGCACGUAAUAGUGUGCAGUUGAAUCAUUUACGAUAAUUCUAACAAAGCCAAAACAUGUUCUUUUGUGUGUGAAACAUGGUUUAUGUACGACCACUGUCAAAUAUCUUGUUUCUGCGGUUUUUUAUGAAGAACACUUUAGGCAAACAUGUGCAAUGAAUCUGACUUUGUCAUGUUUUGUAUUACAUGAAUGUGUAUUUAUUUAAAGUGUUAGGGUGUUCAGUUAUAUUAAGACUUGGGAAAACAUGAGACCAUGAUUAUAUCUUGCUACAUUUAUCAUAAUGUUUGCGUCUUUCAUGAUUUUUGUUAAGUAUUCUAUUUCAUAUGGUGUCAUUUCUUUGAUGUUUUGUGUCAAAUAAAAAAAGGGUUUUCUCCAAAA